UAACAAUAUAAAAUUGGAGAGACCACUAAUCGAUGGGAAUUAUUUUUCUGAUACCAAGUCUAAACAUACUAUAAAUCAGUAAGAGUGAAUAGUUUAUAUACAUACGAAGUAUUAUAUUUAAUAUUUUCAGAAGAGCAGUAUAACAGACUGAAAAGAGAUCAAUUUUAUAAUAUGUAUUUUAACCAACAAUUCCUCGCCUGUGGCGAUACUAUAUGUCACCAACAGUGAACAAACAUUGAGUGAAAUAAAACCCCUGAAAAUAUGCAACCUCUUAUUCCUCCUGGAAGCCCUCUGAUAGGCAGUUUCUGAAACUUAUUUUGAGUUUGUCAACGGAAUUUUGUUUUUGCGCCAUCUACAAACCUCGUUUCAGAGAUAAUUUAUUAAUCGGACUAUGAAUGGAACUGUCAGUCGACAAAAAAGUAUCAUGUUUGACAUAUGGCAAAAUAUAUUUUACAUUAUUUCAGUCAAGCGUAAAACAUGGAUUGUAUAAUUUUUUUAAAUACGUAUAUGUGCAAUUGUAUUUAAGAUAUAUUAUAUACGUGAAUUGGUUAAAAUGAAGCUUGUGUCAAAAUUUGUGGAUAAAGAUGGGGAAGGGCACGUGUCUCUCGUCCCAGAGAAUACAGAAGAUAUGUGGCAUACAUAUAAUAUCAUUACUGAAGGAGACUUUGUUAGUUGUUCUACAAUUAGAAAGGUGCAAACAGAAUCAUCAACUGGUAGUUCCAAUAGCUAUAGAGUCAGGACUACUCUUACGAUUUGUGUAGAAGGCAUUGACUUUGAUACACAGGCCUGUGUUUUAAGACUGAAAGGUAGAAAUGUAGAAGAGAACAAAUAUGUUAAGAUGGGAGCAUAUCAUACAUUGGAUGUAGAACAAAAUCGAAAAUUCACCAUCACAAAAUCUAACUGGGAUUCUAUUUCCUUAGAAAGAGUUGAUACUGCAUGUGAUCCUACACAGAAUGCAGAUGUUGCUGCUGUGGUAAUGCAAGAAGGUAUAGCUCAUAUUUGCUUAAUAACAUCCAAUAUGACAAUAGUACGCGCUAAAAUAGAUCAAGUUAUACCUAGAAAGAGGAAAGGAAAUGUUUCACAACAUGAAAAGGGUUUAAAUCGAUUUUAUGAAAAUAUUAUGCAAGGAAUUUUGAGACAUAUAAAUUUUGAUAUUGUGAAAUGCGUCAUUCUUGCUAGUCCUGGGUUUGUGAAAGACCAAUACAUGGACUACAUGACACAACAAGCUAUAAAAACAGAUAACAAAGUAAUAUUGGAAAACAAAAGUAAAUUCUUGCUUGUUCAUUCUAGUUCAGGUUUCAAACACUCUUUAAAAGAAGUUUUAGCUGAACCAGCAGUAGUCUCUCGAAUCUCUGAUACAAAAGCAGCAGGUGAAGUGAAAGCUUUGGAAACAUUUUAUACAAUACUGCAGACUGAUCCUUCUAGAGCGUUUUAUGGAAAGAAGCAUGUGAACAAAGCUAGUGAAGCACAAGCUAUCGAAACAUUACUCAUUUCAGACAAAUUAUUUAGAUGUCAAGAUGUAGCCCUAAGAAAAGAAUACGUCACAUUAGUAGAAAAUGUGAAAGAUUCUGGCGGGGAUGUAAAAAUAUUUUCAAGUUUACAUGUAUCUGGUGAACAACUGGAACAAGUAACUGGGGUAGCAGCAAUAUUACGUUUUCCUAUGCCGGAAUUAGAAGACGAAAGCGAUGGUGAAAACGAUUCAGAAGAAGAUGAGUGAGAAGUUUAAUACAAUACGCUAACGUACAAUUUUGUAUAUAUUUGUGC